AUGCCUAUGCAAGGCUGGCUAGGUUAUGGCUGGGUUGCUCAGCUUGAAAAUCAUGCUCUGUAUACGGCCACCCAUGAGUCACCUUUUUUCGAGGCUUCCGCGAACAGUCGGCCAGCUCAUUGGCUGGCGGCAAAGGCGGCCAUGAGCCACGUUCACGUCAAGCCCCGGGGUUUCAGCUCUUGCCGGCGCUCUUGCUUGCAAUGCUUGGCAGACUUGGCAGACUUGGCAGACGUGUCAGGAUCCUGGAACUUCGACUCGGCACAAGCGGCCCUGGCACCGGCGGAGAAGGCUUCGGUGCACACGCUCCGCUCAGCAGAGGCUCCCACUGAGGAUGACCGCCACAAGGCACGGAAGCCUGGCGGACGUGGCAUGCACAACGCCGCCUCCCUUUGCCGCAGCUGCUCCGAGCAUCGCCAAGGAAGCCCGGAAGCCUGCGUGGGUUGCUGCGUGGGUUGCUGCGUGAGUUGCAAGAGGGACCGCUUUGAUGCGGGCAGCUCCCACCUUUGUGCAUGUUGCGCAGCAGGUGGCUCAACGCCGAGGCUAGCUGGCGGCCUUCGGCCGCUCCGCACCUUCGAAAGCCUCCACUAUCCGCAGUGGCGUGAGGAGGCCAUCCACGAAGGAGGCGAUCAGAGCAGCCGGUGCGAACGAAGAUUCAUCACACACGGAGGUGCUGCACUGUAUCCGCAAGCCUUAAAGAUCCUAGUUGCCUAG